AUGGUCGGCCCUACAGUAUCACUCUCUGGCUUGAGACGGGCAGACGGUUCUGCAUCCUAUAAAUGUCCUGUCACUGGAUACGAUGUGCUUGGCGCGGUGAACGCUCCCGUCGAGUUGCCCGCCCGCAAGGAUGCCCUCAGGCCCGAAGAUGCCACCAUUGAGGUCUUUGUUAAGCCAGGUAACACCACCGCAGGUGUCGGUGAAGGGUAUGUCGAGUCGGUUCUCCGCAGUGUGCUAGGGAGCAUCGUCCUCGGGCGUGAGAAAGGAUUCCCCCGCCGGGGUGUGGUUAUCACACUGGCUAUCAUUGGAGGCGAAGCCGUGGAGCGCGGUGAUUCUUAUCUGACAAUCCUCCCGGCCCUUCUCCACGCGUCGCUUCUCGCUCUGAUUUCCGCUGCCGUGCCUUUGUCGAUGACCUUCGCUACCACGUUGCUUGCUGUGACACCAUCAGGACAGAUCGUUCAGGACCCACCGGUGGAGGAUGUGGCUAAUGCUGUGUCACUCCAUGUGCUUGCAUUCUCCUCAAAGGGCCACUUGUUACUCAACGAGAGUCAAGGGCGGUUUGAUUUCGAGACAUGGGAGUCAGUUCGAGAACAGGCAGCUUCAAUUUGCCAAGGGGCGAAUCCCCGCGGAUCUGAUGGUGAUACUGCCAUGGAUGAUGAGUCAAAGGAUGGUACCCUGGAUAACUUCAUUCGCGAGGCCAUGGAAGACCACCUCCAUCGCGUGUACAGCUGGAAGAUCGAAUCAAACUGA